CAUGCUAUCCAAACGCUUUCAAAGCUCUCUUAGAAAAACGCAAAAUUUGCAGGAAUUUGACGAAGGAAAUUGCCAGAAUUUGGCAGACUCCAUAGACGCACAAUGCAUCCCAGAGAUUGAUGCUGAUGUUAUGGAGGUCAUGACCUUUCCAACUGACCUUGACCUACUUUCUCUCUCACAUGACACUGAGCGUGACCUUGAUGAGGUCAGCCAAUCGGAAGAUUAUGCUGGAAAUCUCUCUGUUGCAAGUUCUCUCUCAGGUGUCUUGUGCGCAGAAAAAGCUGUGUCGGUCUCGGUUGAUCUGCUCGAGGAAGACCUCGCGCUCUUCGACUCGGACAGCGAUUCCGAUGAUGACGUCACUGAUGAUGUCAGUAUCUGGUCGCACGAGUCGGUUGCUGCCUCGUUCCUGGCAGCUACAUCCGGUUACAGCUCUGAUUCAGAGAGCGACUCAGAGGACACGGUUGUGGCAAGACGCAAGUCGGCUACAUUGCCACGCCGACUAGAUAGUCAGGAAAUCGUGUGCGAUGAUGAACUCUCUGAUGACAAAGGUUAUGAUAUUACGGACAAUCGCCGCCGGCGAAGGCGACGAUACAACCGCAUGGAAAAGGAACGUACGGACUUCACACAGUCUAGCAAUAAGGGAUCGUUAUGUCCUGAGUCCGGUUCUUCUAAGGAGGAUACCAGCGCGACUGAGACCGAGUCAAGUGACUCGUCAAGCUCUGAUUCGGAAAGUGACGAUUCAACAUCCGGGUCAUCUAGUGACUCGGACUCGGACAGAGACGAAUCGUCAUCUGGGUCAUCUAGUGACUCGGACUCGGAGAGUGACGAAUCGUCAUCCGGGUCAUCUAGCGACUCGGAUUCUGGAAGCUGCAGUUCUAGCGCAGCGUCUAGCAGCUCUUCAGACGACAGUGAUUCUGACACAGACGGCGAUGAUGAGCGGGAAAUCGACCUCAAGUUCGAUAGAAAUCCUUGCCCUGCGACUUGCGUGUGUCGGUCUGGAAGUAAUAUGUUUCAGAUUCCGCCCGCACGCAGACGCCGAACGGAACAGUCGCUGUACUACGAGGUUCUAAAUCGACAGCUGCUGAAGUCAUAUAAUGCAGCUCGAGAAAUCGACCUCCAGUUUGAAGCAAACCCCUGCCCAGAGACCUGCGUAUGUCGGUCUAGCAGAAACAUGCUACAGGUUAGACGAGCACACAGGCGCGAAACGGAGCCUCCGCUGUACCGGGUGAUUCUGUCUCGAAGGUUGUUGAGGCCCUCCAACCGGAUAAUCCACGACUGCUGCCAGUACCGUUGUAGCAUGAGGUGGCAGCGCCCUGGCAGACCUGAUCUAGAUUAGUUUAAUUAUAGUAGAUAGUAUAUGGUAAUCUCUGAUAUGUAGAGACGUCGAACAGGCCGGAUCCCAGAUCUAAAUUGACUCAAUACUUGAUGAGGUUCGUGAUGUUAAUAGGCGAUGUAGGUUUUUGAGCGCCCGUACGGGCCGGUUAUAGAUUAUAUUAAUUUUUAUAUGUAUCUAUCGUCGUUUAAUUGUAUUUAUGUAGCUCUUAUAUAAAAUGACGUCAUACGAUAGGAUAAAGUUUAGUCAAAUAUUUGCCUAACUUUGUUAUGAGGAUGUCUAGGUAAAGCUCUCUUUUUCGAAUUCGACCGUGCAGAUUUAGAUAACUAUAUAAGGACAAUAGAUCAGUUGUGAAGGUGUUUUUAAUUGGUUUCAAUAGGUAUAUGUACCGCGAAAGUAUGUAAGUAAUUCUCUGUGCAAUGGAUAUAUCCGUAAUGGCAUGAUCUUGUAUGCGUUGAGUGACAGUUUAUAUUACCUUUGAUAUCUAGUCAUCUUUGUCUAAGUAAAGGUUACAUGUUAGAAGAUGUGCACAUGGAUAGCAUGAACCUUAUUUACGUACACAAGCUACUGCUGUAUCUUGACAAUAAUAUCACACACACUUUAACUAUUUCUUUUAUAUUUUCAGAUACGAAGAUCUGCGCAAUCAUCAAUUCUUGACAUGACUGUUUUCACUUCUUACUUCCACUCAUCUCCAUUUUCUCUCUUCUGCUUUCAUUUUUUUCUUGGGAUCCUCUUCAGGACCCACCAUUACUUCGAAAGAAGUAUCUUGAAAUUGUCACAGUGCGCCGCGGGUCUGCGUGCUCUAUGUGAACAUGUUGUAGUGGUUACUUGUGCGUUAAGUGACAUCCCAGAUUAGCCUGUGCAUCACAGGCUAAUCAGGGACGACCCUUUACGCUUUUAUGGUAUUUUCAGUUUCAAGGAAGUCCCUCCUUACCGAAAAUCCAGUUUAGGCGGAAAGUGUCGUCCCUGAUUAACCGGUGCAGUCUGGGAUAACACUACGCAGAUGCGUUAAGCCCAGUUUUCUCAGAACAAGGCGGUUAAUUGGCGAGUCCAAUGUGAGUAUACCAGCUGUGCAUAAGUACACAUAUUUCAAAGUAUUGUACACAGCGUUCUUAAAUAAUAUUUGUGUAAGAUGUCUUUAUUUGUUUUGUUAUUUAUUACGGAUUUAAACCUGCUUAUUCGGCGGGAGUUUUAUAUUGCUUUCAGUGUGUAUGUUAAUUGCAAUUACAUAAACAUGAUUUAUCGUUGUUGACUAGGCAUGUAAAACGGCUUGAAAAACACGGCUUGAGUACCAAACGACUCGAAGUCCUUUACUUGAAGAUCACGACUAAAAGACCACGACUUAAAGUCCACGAAAUGAAGACCACAAAUUGAAGAACAAUACUUGAGAAUCACGACUUUUAAAGGGGCCUUUACACGUUUUGGAAAAUUAACAAAAAUUUAAAAGUUGUUUCAGAUUCGCAAAUUUUCGUUUUAGUUAUGACAUUUGUGAGUAAUACUGAACAUUUACCAUGCUCUACAAUAUCCAUUGUAUGCAUCUUUUGACGAUUUAUAAACGAUUUAAAAACCUGAAAAUUAUAAAGCGUUGCAAUGCGAAACGAUUGAAUAAUUUGGAGAGUUCUGCUGUUGUCUUUGUAUUUUGUGAUACAACGAGGAUUGCUUAUAUAAAGUAUAAAAUACAUCACUCAUUGUAUAAGCACGUCUGGCCGAGUGGUCUAAGCGGUAGACUUACUCCAGGACUCCAGGGGUCAGUGGUUCGAGCCCAGUUGAAGUUUACUUUUUUCUCUUUUUUUAAUUGUAUUGUGUUUUUUUUACUUAAGCUUUUAAGAUUCAAUGUUUACAUUUAUCAAUAUAAAGCAUUUAAUGACAAACUUUAAUACAUGCCAAAAUCUGUGAAAAUGCCCCUUUAAUACAAAAAAAUCUUCCUUGUCACGAGAUCUUACAAGUUCCGCUAAUGAUUGUCUCCGGAACUUUCUCAGUUAACCUCACAUCAUUCAUUUCCAGCUAUACAUUUUCAAUAACCUUUUAUAUUAUGUUUAUAAAAAUAAUUUAGAAAUAAACAUUUUUUUUAACAAAUGCAGAUUUUAAUAACGUUUAAUAAGGCUAUAUACAUUUGCAUUACCUUUGAUGUUUAAAUCAGUAAUAUUACUAACGAAAUUAAGUUUUCGGCAACGGCGAUGUACUAUUCCAUACAAUAGCCUACUCGUCAUAAAAUUAUUACGAGUUUUGCUAAUAUAUAUAUCCUGAUAAAAAAAAUUA